AUGAGAGCCUUAUUCUUGCUCCUCACAUGCGUCAUUGCCGCUGCCCAAAAGCUGGACCUCAACAGCUGUAAGCUGAGUCACAGCGGCGUCGACUACCGCGGUUCCAUCUCCAAGUCCUUCUCUGGACCUCGAUGUCGCUUCUGGGACUCGCGAAAGGCGAGAAAUGAGCGUAUAACUGACGUGGACUUUCCUGACGGGUCCCGUAAGGCUGCCACCAACCGAUGCCGCAACCCCACAGGUAGCCUUGCCCACGAUAUGGUACCUGUACAUUUAAUUAACUCCUUAGGUGGCAUUUCCUCUCUUACUAGACCCUCUCUUGUGGGACCAGGUCAGCACCUUGGUCCAUGGUGCUACACCAAGGACCCGUCGGUGGUCUCGGACAUCUGCGAGGUGCCCUUAUGCGCCGCGAAGGAGUGCCGGUUGACGGGUGCGGGCAUGGAGUAUGCCGGGGAGGUGGCCCGCUCCAGCUCUGGCCAGCCAUGCCUGGAGUGGGCUGGCAUCAGCAAGUAUCGUCGGGACAACCCGGGCGUGUUGUCCAAGCUCACGGGCCGCUUGUUCCCGGACGCGUCCGUGCGCUGGGCGGGGCGCAAGUGUCGCAACCCGGACGCGUGGGCCGGCGGGCCGUGGUGCUACGUGAAGACGGGUGCGGCCGGCAAGCGGGUGGCGCGUGCGCACUGCGACGUGCCUGUGUGUGAGCCCCGCAACUGCACCGUGUUCACCACCUACGAGGAGGCCACGCACUCGGACUACACCGAGCUGGCGGGCGUCACUCCCUCGUUCCGAUUCGCUGUCAAAUUGUGGGAUCCCGCAGACUGGAAGACGGCUUCGGCGCGACUGUCGUUCAGCCUGCUCACCGGCCCCGCCAGCGGCCGCCAGCAGCUGGACCGCAAGACGGGCUUCGAGCUGGUGCUCUCCAACAGGAACACGCACUUCACCGGCUUUGAGCGGGACGCUGAAAAGGUGCCCGGCCUGCUCAACGCUGCGAACUGGACCGACCUACGCGUCACGUGGGGUGACGAGUACCUCUCGCUGCUCAAGGAGGGUCAGAAGAAACCCAUCCUCGUGCAGGACUUCCCCAGCGCCAAGCGCGGCCGCGGUGGCCGCGUGGAGGUGCGCGCCUACGCGCUCUCUGGCCGGCACGUGCAGUGGGGCGUGCCCGCCUGCGGGGACGACUGCCCCGUGCACACGGCCAGCGCCGAGACCUUCUCCAGGCUGUGGCAGGUGCGGCAGAGUCCCACGGGGCCGAGCGCGCAGGUGUUUGUGCGCUCGCGGCGCCCCGUCUGCCUCCUGUUCCGCGGAGCACCCACUGCUGAGACCCCGGACCUCAGGGUGUGCGUGGACGACGGCAACAACUCCUACGUCGCGUACCGCAGGGGCGCCGACGCCAACGUGCUCAGGCUGAAGCAGGUGUCUUCGGGCAAGCUACUGUCCUGGUGGUCGUGGCGUGAGCUGUCUGUCACGCUGAGUUCGUCCACGGGUCUGCUGUCCGUGUGGGCGCGCUCGCUCUCGGGGCCGGGCGUCGCCGUCCUCGAGACCGAGGUUCCGGAGGACGUGCGUGGCCCCCAGUGGUUUGGCGUGGCCCCGUUGCUAGGGGUAGCCCUCUUCACGCUGUUCUGCGUACCCAAGGACCCUGGCCCGCCUAUGCCCCCCGAGUGCCACCGCCCAGGGGUACGUAUGGUUACAGAGCAUUCUCCCCGGUUCGAGGUUCUCCACUCUCAUUGGACCAUUUACGCACAGUCCAUGGCGCCAUACUCGGGUAAGGAGUGGACGACGGCGACCGGCCUGCCGUGCCUGCCCUGGUCGGCCCCGGACCUACAGUUGCCCGACGAGCUCCGCGAUGAUGCUGUCUUCCCGGACGGGUCGCGCGAGGCGGCCCUCGACCGCUGCCGCAACGUGGGCAGGGCCACGCCGUACUGCUAUGCAGCCUCCGCGCCCGGCCAGGACGGCGACGAGGGUGCGGCGGGCCCCCCGGGGCCGUGGCCGUGCGCCGUCAGGGAGUGCCGCGCCGCCCACUGCCGCCUGGCCGGCACGGCCAACGACUACAUGGGCACGCGCAACGUGUCCAGGUCGGGGCUGCCCUGCAGGCCGUGGGCUGUUGCGGCGCCCGCCAGCCUCGGCAACGGCUCGCUCUAUCCGGAGCAGGACAUCCAGGAGGCGAGCAACUUUUGCCGGAACCCUUCGCGCUCGGUGGCGGGCGCGUGGUGCUUCACGGAGGGUGCCAAUAACCUGACGGCGGACUUGUGCGACAUCCGCGACUGCGCCAAGCCCGAGGAGUGCACCAUCAUCUACCGUGGCGGCGCUUCGGAGACGGGUGGUGGCGGGCUGUACAUCCUGCCGACGUGGAGGAUGGCGCGCCUGGACUUCUCCCUCAAGGUGUGCCACCGUGGUGAGCGAUGUGAGUCCCGUACUGCAUGCCGGGUCUCUGCCCGUAUGGAACACUGUGGCUGUAAGACAGAGUUUUCUGGUCUCAUCGGCGAGCCAGGGAAAAGACGGUCACGCGCCG